AUGUAUUCUUCGCAAACAACGGAUCAAAAAUUCAACAUGAUUGCUCGACGAAUAAUGAUCUUUUUCGGCAUUUUAAUGUGUAUUCUCGGUUUAAUUGGAAAUUGUUUAAAUAUCUUCAUAUUCACCGUUUGGUAUCGUUCACGUAAAUCACCAAAUAAAUUUUCCAAUUUCAAUCGAUCAAGAAAUAGUUUAUUAUAUUUACUUGUUUCAUCAUUUGCCAAUUUAAUUAUCAUUAUUUAUCCUCUUUCGACUCGAAUUCUCUUCGAUGGUUAUCAAUAUCAUAUCAACGAACCACAAAUAUUCAUUUUCUGUAAAUUCCGUUAUUAUAUUCUUCAUACAUUUUAUUUGAUUUCAUUAACAACAAUUUGUAUGGCGACAUUUGAUCGAUAUUUAAUUUCAUCACGCAAUGCACAUUUGAGAGAAUUGAAUUCAACAAAGAAACAAACGAUUGUUAUUAUUGUUUUCAUUUGUUUAUUUAUCGGAUUACAUAAUAUUCCAAUUGUUUUUCACUUCAAUCUUUCAUUCAAUGGAGAAUGUUUGAUAUUCUCGUCGGCUUAUUCAUAUUAUUAUUUAUACAUCGUUCGAAUAUCAUUGGAAGGAUUGAUUCCGAUCUUGUUUCUCUCGUUAUUCGGAAUAUUAACAUUUAAACAACUGAGAAUAUUGGAGAAACAUAACGCAAGUAAUCAUCUGAAUAGCGAUCGACAAGUAGCACGAAUGUUGUUAUUGAUAUCGAUAACGAUUAUCAUCUCAUCGAUUCCGAAUUGUAUUGAACACGUGUAUGAGAUCGUAUUUAGUUAUGAAGAUCGUCGACAUUCAUCAAGUUUCUUUCUAUUUCAUGUUAUUUCGUCGAUAUUAUUCUACAUGAAUCCGGUGAUGAGCUUUUAUAUUUUUUAUAUUUCUACGCCAAACUUUCGCCAUCAACUUCGAUGUUUCAUUCCGCAUAAAAAAACAGUGAAAUACUUCGUUAAACAAGAAGAUUCUUCGAAAAGCGUACCAUUAACUUGA